GUAAAGACUAGACAGUGAUAGGGAAACCCAACGACUCCUGCAUAUCCGCCAAACGGGGACUCUUCUGUAGGGCUUCCUCUUGUCUUUUAACAUUAAACAAUGGAAGAUGGCAACAUGGAUCAGAAGAAAACCUUCCAAAUCCACCCUCGAUUUUCACCUGUCAGCACAAACAGUCACGUAGGCAAAGUGAAGCAUUCAUUGUUGAUUGUUAUCAUGCACGAACCACUACAACGCGAUUACGUUGAAGUUAGCACGUCGUCUUACCAGCGAUCCCUAGAAUCGCAUCGCCGUUGGAGAUUAUGCCUGUGGAUUGGACUUGGUUCGACCGCCAUCGUUUGUUCCAUUCUGUUGACCUUGCUCAUAGUUGGUUCUAAACAGCCUCGUUUAGAAUUUAGUACCACAGAAGUCGGAAACACCCCAUUGUUGAGUCUGUCUUUCCCCAUUAAAGAAAGAAGCCACCAGAGGACACGAUCUAACUUCACCCUCCGGCCGGAAAUGGUGUACGAAAGUAUGGCAGAAGCUCGAGAGGAGUUCAAAAGCCGGAAAGCACUGGAAGAGCAGCUCUUCCAUCAGCAGGUUAAUAAAACUGAGCAAACCGCUUCCUCCUACCACCAGCAGGUCACCACACUCAGUCCUGAAAUGCGCAACGUUAGCGAUUCGGCCGUGUUGGCUGAAACAUCCGUCCGUCUCUUGUUGGAAAAAGAACAGAUACCCAUCGAAGAACUCCAAUCCGUUGACGCUAGUCCACUUCUCAAAGAAUGGGUCCAUUGCUCUAUUACGCCUGUCAAGAAAAACUGCCGUCCUGGUGACAAGUUCCGGACUCUUGACGGCUCAUGCAAUAAUUUACAUGCUCCCGAAAAAGGAGCGAUUUUACAGCCAUUCCGCCGUAUCCUCCCGCCUGCCUAUGAUGAUGGAUAUUCAUCUCCGAGAACAAAGUCCGUCUUGGGGAACGAUCAGUUCUUGCUGUCUGCCAGAGAAAUCAGUCGCCGUUUUACCGACAAUGCAGAGCCUGUUGCCAUUGAAACCAAGCUCUCGAUGCUGUUUCUCACAUGGGGCCAAUUUCUCGAUCAUGAUAUGACAAACACUGGAUCGUCAAAAGGAGAAAAUGGAAGUGCCAUCACUUGUUGCGGUCAACGCAAGCAACAUCCAGAAUGCUUUCCAAUUCAAGUUGAUAAAACUGACCCGUUUUACGCAGACAAAGGCGUCCAUUGUCUGGAUUUCGUCCGCUCAGCACCGGCCCCUCAAUGCAGAAUAAAUGGAAGAGAACAGUUUAACCAAGCUUCCGCUUACAUUGACGGGUCAAUGAUUUACGCAACCACUCGUCUUGAAGGAGAUAUUCGAUUAAGAGCGCACGCUAAUGGCAAUAUGAGGGGUAGGUUGUAUCAAGAUGGACGCUGGAUGCUUCCUAUUUCUGCCGAUCCCAAAGACGGUUGCAACCGUGACGAGCUCAUUAAACAAAGCCGUUACUGUUUCAAAGCAGGUGAUGUACGAGUAAACGAACAAAUCGGAUUAACUGCAAUGCAUACUGUUUGGAUGCGUGAGCACAACCGAAUCGCCAAUGAAUUAGCCGACAUGAACAAGGACUGGGAUGACACACGCAUUUAUGAAGAGACCCGGCGCAUUGUCAUUGCUCAACUGCAGCACAUCAGUUAUAAUGAAUUCGUGCCUUUGUUAAUUGGUGAAACAUUGGCAGAGCAUUUGAAGCUGCGACCACUUGCAAGCGACUACGACAGCAGCUACAAUAAGGAAAUUGACGCGGGAAUUUCCAAUGAAUUUUCUACAGCGGCGUACCGUUUCGGCCACAGCAUGUUACAGGGACUAGUGGAACUUUAUGGAGCACAGGGACGGAACAUCGAUUACAUGCAAUUCACGAGAAUUCUUUUCAAUCCGUUCGCUUUGUGGGAUUUCGGAAAAUUAGACGCAGUAGUACGUGGCAAUGCCCAACAGUGUCCCAGAAAAUUAGACACGUCAUUCUCCACUCAAGUUACCAACCACUUGUUCCAACCCGAAAAAUCACAUCAUGGCUUUGAUUUGUUUGCACUAAAUAUACAAAGAGGAAGAGAUCAUGGCCUAGCACCGUAUAACCAGUGGCGUGAAUUGUGCAAUCUCUCGUCCGUAAACGACUGGCCAAGUUUAGAGAAGGAAAUGCGAGCAUCGUCGUUUGUCGUUAUCAAACAAAUUUAUCAAGAUAUCAAGGAUAUUGAUCUCUACGUUGGAAUCUUGUCUGAGAACUCUUUACCAGAAGGAAUUCUUGGCCCGGUUGGCAGUUGUAUUAUUGCCGAUCAAUUCUUGCGCUCGAAAAUUGGCGAUCGUUUCUGGUACGAGACCGACGAUCCUGCCCUCCGUUUCACGUCUGAUCAAUUGAAGGAGAUCCGUAAGACAACUCUUGCUAGAGUGUUGUGCGACAAUGGUGAUGCGAUGGACGCUAUUCAGUUGAAAUCAAUGGAGAUUGUAAGCGAAUCCAAUCCAAGGAAACGUUGCGCUGGUGACGAUUUACCGAGAAUGGACCUAUCCAGCUGGGAGGACGGAUCGUUUUCUAUUUCUGCCUGAAACUAGUCUCAUCAACUUAGUUAGUAGAAAGGCACGGUUUUACGAGUUGACUUGAAACGGAAUGGGAAACAAUCCAACUCCUUCUUUGCCAAAUCUACAAUUAUUUUAGAACAAAAACAUUGAUGCAUUUCAAACCCAUUUAUUACAGAAUUGCCGUUGCACUAC